GUCCGAAGUGACCUCCCCGCGCGGCGCGCCUGGACGUGAGCGUUUGAGAGCUUGGAAGGACGGAAGAUCGCUCGUCCAAAGCUGCAGAUUCCAUCGGGGAAGUGAUCAUCGUGACAAGUGAUCAUUGGUACCUUGACAAGCAUGGAGAUAAGAUUAGAAAUUUUGACGUCCACAAGUAUCAAGCAGAAAAAACCCUGGCCAAGAGUUUCUUGGUUGGGUCAGGAAAAUGAAGCUGUUUUUCUUUUGGAUGAUAAAUUCAUCAACGAAAUUAAUUUACGAUCAGGAAGAACAAAGAAGAUUCCGAGUCUGCAGUCUUUGUUGAAAGAUGUUUUUGUUCUGACAACGUCCAGUAAUGAUGCCUGGCUGUCUGGGGUCCUCACUACAGGAGAGCUUUUCCUUUGGAACAAAGAUCAAGAUUGUCUGAAAACUAUACAAGUAACUGAAAAGCCUAAAGAAAUGAUUAAAGCUAUAGCAGCAAGCUCUUUGAAACCAUAUUUGUAUGUAUCUGGAAAUGGGCAAAGAGUUUUGCUUAUCACACCUUCCGGAUGCAUAUUUCUGUGGGAGUACUUGGAACUGAAGAGCACCUUAUCCUCUAAAAGCCUCUCAUUGGUGGGUCAGUGGUCCCAGAUCCUACCUGAAGAAGCAGUUCUUUUGCCUUCCACUGAAGAUAAAGAGGCUGUAGUAGAUGCUGUUUUUGUAACAAACGAGUUAUUUGGAGAUUGCUGCCUAUGUUCAUUUGCUUUUUAUUCCGGGGAAUGCCUGAAGUUAAUAUUUCUAGCAAUUCAGUGGCACGAGAAUGUAUUUACAGCUGUAAGGUCACCGCCCUUCCACGUUCACUGGGCACAACAACAAUGUCACCUAUGCAGUCUGACGCCCACGUGUGAGUCAGUGAAGUCAAGAGGAGCUCUGCUUGCUGCCUUCUCCAGAGAUGGCCUUACUCUGGCCGUGACUCUUAAUCAGAAGGACCCAAAGGCAACUCAGAUAUUAUUUAUAAACACAGUGAAAUUUGUUACUCUCUGUGGUAACCUCAAAGGAUGUAGUAAUAAGAGUCCUGUGGUUCCAGCCACACUUACCAGGUCCUAUUGGGUAGGUGACAUCAGCUGGACACAUGACAGUCUUUUCCUUGCCUGUGUGUUAAAACGUGGCUCUCUGAUUUUAAUGACCUGCUUAGGUGAACUGCUAACAUUAAUUACAUUUGGUUGCUCUAUAGAAUUUGGGCCAGCCAAAUUUAUUCCUCUACAUCCACUAAUAACAUACCGACCACAGCAGUUUACAUUUCAAGAUUCAAAUACUUCUGUUGAUUCGUCACCUUCUGAUAAUGAUCCUCUGAGACAGAGAUUUUCUCUAAAAGCACAUUCACGGUUACCCUACCUUAUCAUCUCUGAUGGAUACAUGAUCACGACCCUUCAGUUUUGUGAUAAUCAGACUCCAACAGAGCUCAUGAGGUCACUGCUGCUCGAUUCAACACAGAGGCUUGAGAAAGCACACCAGAGUGUGGUGCUGUCUAAGCCAAAAGGCAAAGGAUUGAACCUGAGAUCACUGGAUUCCUUAAGGUCUAGCCUGUUAAAACAUGAAGGAAAAGAAAGUUCUGUGCUCUUCCCUGUCCCCAGAUUUUUGCAAGCAGAAGAAACAAUGAAAUCAACUGACAGAACAGCAGAUUUUCAGGAUUUUGAAGCAGAAGAAACUAAUGAAGUUGAACAGUUUCCAAAUAACUCAUUUCUUUUUUGCAACCAAGAAGCUGAUCCACAGUUCAGCAAUGUCAAGGAAGGGCGGUUGGAAUUUGCAUCGAUGUUCGACACGGUCCAUGCGAAGGAUGACAGCCAGGGGACCGAUGAGAGCGCUACAGAGCUGCAUGCCAUCCAGAAAAACCUACUUGCAGCAUGGACUAUAGGAAUUUCAAAAAGUGUGACAGAAAAGAACUUAAUGUUAAGUUACACAGUCAUUUGUAUUACUCAUUUUUUCUAUAUUCUUCAGUUCGUAAAAUGUCCUGUCCCUAAUCUUGAUCUUACAAACAAAAGCCUGAACCAGAAUGCUUGGGUACUCUGUAUUUUUCAGCUUUUUCAUCAGUGCUUAUCGAUCCAGUACUGGGAUAUGAGGUACAGACAGGAUGUGGGACACCUGAUAAAGCUGACCUCAAACACAGUGAAGCUGUUGUUGACUCAGCAACAAAAACAUGGCUUAUUCUCAGAGAAGCUUUUGGCCUGUUUCUCUUUACUCACAAUGGUGGCCGACAAUUUAGAUGGCAUCUACAGUCUUCGGCCUGAAGUUACUUCAGCCUCAGCUGAUGGAAAUAAAACAGCGGAGCAAGACUCACUGACAGUACCUAUUUUUCAAAUGCUUCAAGGUAGUGGUUCCCAGGAAAACUGGGGCUGGGACUCAUCUUUCAAGAUUCAUCCCCAGGUGACAAAUCUUGAUCAAAAGCGAGGCUACAGAUUGAUUGCCCUCUGGAGAAUAUUGUUCCAAAAAACUUUAUGGUAUCAAGCACAAUUAAGUCCAAGAAUUCCGGAAGGUGACAGACAGUUAACUGAAAAUAUGAUACAUGAAAUGUCUGCUGUCAAGAGCCUGUUGUGUCGUAUACAGAGCAACUUACAGACUGCCGGUGACAGCUUGUAUGAAGCCUUCGUACUUACACCUAUCAAUGGUGAGGAGUGCUUCCUUCUGGGCUCAUAUGAAACAUCUGUUCAGCUGUGGAAGAAGGCUCUACAAGCAACCCAAGAGAAAGGAGGACGAAGGACAUGCUUUCUUCAGAUGCGCUAUUAUCUUUCUCUCUUAUACUGCCACCUGUAUAGCUACAAUUUAAAUGAUGCACAAGGAUUAUGUGAUCACCUAGCAAGAGAAAUACUACGGUGGUCUCAGUUACUAGGAAAAGAAAGUCAAGAUUGCUCAGAUUCUGUGACGUCUCCCUGUGAAUCUGCAGUGGCUGGAAAUGUGCACCCUGAGGCGGCAGUGAACGCUGUCCGGUGCAUGGCGCGUUUCAUGGCCUCCUAUUUCACCCAUCAGCCACUUUGCAUCCUGCCCCCUCAUAGUGUGAAUGUCCUUCCUCCCCUUCACAUUAAAACAGAGCAGUCCCUACGACUUAUUCCUCUGCAACACUCUAAGGUGGCCGCGGCCAUAAGAGAUCAGAAUCUCUCAAAUGUAUGGUCAGUUGAAUAUGCACUUGAAUUAUUAUUUAUCAGUGGCCUGGUUCCAGAGGCCGUGUGGAUGGCACAUAAACUUGGAGAUUGGAAGACAUCUGUUUCAGUUGGUGUGGCCUUCCAACUGUUUUGUAAACGUGAUUGCAAAUCUGCGAGGUACAAGAAAAAGAGUAUGAAUCUACCAUUAAAUAUGACUCCAGCACAAAUCUUCCAAGAAAAACUGAGGUGUUUUUUAGGUCAGCCAGCCUCUUUGGAAUCAAAAAAUGAAGUUGGCUCAAAAUAUAAACAAUUUACUGACCCCAUUGAAGAGGAAGAUGCUCAGCUGCUGUUGGCGUCUGUGCAAGAAGUACUGAAAGCAGCAGUCAUGGCAGACGCAGAUGUUGUUUCAGAGACGCUUCAGCUACUGAUGGAGUCGGCCAAGGUCUUCAGUACGAAGCUGUGGAGCUUGGUGCCUGUCGGCCUGUAUCUUCCAGCUCCUCCACUGUACUGCCCCCAGCCAGCUGUCCUUAGUGAGGAACAUGGUGAUGAUCUUCUUUUAAAAGCUGAAAAGGAUAAUCGUCAAAAGGUGUCUGCAGUCCUUCAGCGGGUCCUCUUGCUUUUCCAGGCAGCACAGUGCUCUUUUCCUAUAGCUCAGUGGUACAUCUUGAAGCUGAGGUGGGCAAGAAGAGUCAUGCAGAAGAUUCGAAUGAAAGGGUCCCUUCCAUCGCUGAGUCCUUUCCCGGAAUCUUUACUUAAUUACUGUAAACGAGGCACAGCCUUCUUUAGAUUUGAAUCAACUGGAGACUGCAAGCUCGAUGAGGUUUCUGUGAGAGCAAUAGGGCACUUUCGAGAACUUUGUGCUUUGUGUUGGAUGUUACACGUCCGUGACAAGCUAUCACACAGUUGCAGACAGUAUCAGAAAGCAAGAGAAAAUGUGAGGAGAGAAAAGGACCUUGACGUGGAGUUUGACUCUGCCAUGGUUGAGCACUGUCUCAGUGCAUUGGAGUGGGCUUGCAGAAUGCUUCCUUUCUCUCGGUUUUUGAAUAUUGAAGAACUUAUUCAGGAUAUAAUUUUGAGCCUGAUGGGAGAACUGCCACCAAUCAGAAAGGUAAUAUGA